AUGCACUCCGACCUGGGCCUCCCGCCGACACGGGCGAGACGCAAGCGCAAGAGUACCGCAUAUGCCGACCAUGACGGCGACGACAAUGACGAUGCGUCCUUCGACUACCAGUCUACGCCGCGAAAAUCCAAAAAGAUCGAAAGCGCUCCUGAAGUGAUCGACCUUACCGGGGAUUCUCCAAAGAAAAUUCUCCCCAGGAAGAGAGGCAAGCGCGAUGCUGAUGCACCUACCGAAGAGAAGCGCGCGAGGGUCUUUCGCAAGAAGGCGCCACAAAGCUAUAUUGUUAUAAAGGAAAGAGCUCUAACCCAGCGUCUGACAGUCCUUUCGCGCGACCGCUGCGGAAGCGAUGAUGUGCCUGAGGAGAAGGUUAUUGUGGCAGGGUCAACGGGAAAUGUCUACACGGUCUCGAUCGGUCUCGUCCCAAGCUGUGACUGUCCACACGCGAAGAAGGGCAAUCAAUGCAAGCACAUUAUCUACGUCAUGCUACGUGUGUUGAAAGCACGGGAGGAGGUGGCAUACCAACUGGCCCUCAUCAGCGCUGAGCUGCGCGUAGUCAUCAAAAACGCGCCACCCAUUCCAGGUGUGGAGACCGACGGCAAGAACGGCACCGAACAAGAAGGCCAGGUCGGGAAUCGCAAGCCUAUCGAGGGCGAAUGCCCCAUUUGUUACGAUGAGCUCGGCGAGAACGAAGCCAUUGUAUACUGCAAGUCCAGCUGUGGAAACAACGUGCACAAGGCUUGCAUGCAGAAUUGGAUCGCCGUAUCAAAGGGCAAAGCGACCUGCCCAUACUGUCGCGCCAAAUGGGAGGCCGAUAUAGACUUCCAAGGCAAGCUGGGUGAUGUCGAUACCAUGAAUUUGGAGAGGAACGAGGACGGCUACGUCAACGUCGCAGGCCAACUCGGCCUCAGUGGCGAACGAGACUACUCAACCUAUAACCAAUACUGGGUGCGGCAACACCUGGGUCAAGGUAGGACAAGGGGCGGCUACGAUUUCGAGGACGACUACUAG